CCUCUGUCUAUUCACCAGCUGGCGUCGCACGGAAACCUGUACGCACACCCACGGAAACUAGGGGGCUGCUUUCUGUCUCUCCCAUGCUUUAAGUGGAGCUAUAUUUUCAGAGUGGUGGAACGCUACAGUAUAUCUAAAAAGUUUUUUUUUCCCCCCGUACAUAUUUUAAGAAAAUCUACACAGGGAAUCCCAGGUCAAUGUAGUGUGAGAAGAUGUCUGUAAACGAAACAUACGUAUUCCGACCUUUUAAACUGAUCUCCUUACUUUGUGUGUUUCUUGCCCUGGGUUUGGAUGUUGUGGCAUUGCUGAGCCCCGCUUGGGUUACUGCGGAUCGCUACUCUCUGUCGCUAUGGGAAUCUUGCAGGAAAGUCGGAGCUGUCUUGCAGUGCACUUCGACUCUAAGGACUGAUUGGCAGGUGGCCACCCUGGUGCUCCUGUUGGCUGGAGCAGUGGUGACUCUGGUGGCCUUCCUCAUCGCCCUCAUCUCCAUGUGCAGCGGGACUCACCGCAAGCACUACCGAACCGUGGCCAUUUUCCUCCUCACCGCAGUGGUCCUUCAGGCUUGCGCGCUGGUCCUGUACCCCAUCAAGUUCAUUGACGGCACGGUCCUGCAGACCUACCACGAGUUCAACUGGGGCUACGGUCUGGGCUGGGGGGCCACCAUCUUCAUGCUGGGGGGAGGAAUCCUCUUCUGUCUCCGGACAGACAUGCACGAGGACGGCUUGUACUGAGGCCACGCUAACCGCUAACCGCUAAUAGACAUUGGGCAGCGGCGGACGGCUCUGUUUUCGGCCAAGUCCGUCCGCUGGCCAGCAGGAGAUGUGAAGCAUGAGGAUCGGCUGUAUGGAGAGACCUUUUAUUACCUGCAUGUACCCCUGACACCCCACCCCUGUGCCCCCCCCCCCCCCCCCCACCCCACACCUCCACAAAACUGGAGGUUAUGUUCAUGCACAGAAAUGUAGGCUCUUAUCCUGCUUCUAUACAGCCUCCUACUGAUUUCCACCCAUUCAGUGCAAGAAGAAAAAUAGAGAUAGCCAAUGCUUAGCUUACAGGUUCUGUGUCUGUGCUUCAGAAUUCCUUUUGAGCAAAGGCUUUGGCAAAUUUUGUAUAUAUUCUUAUUUGUUUUGAAACUGCAUUUUUUAAUUUUAUUUUAUUUAAAAUGUGUUUUGAAUCACCUCCCUCACCCACUCAGAUUUGAUAGCAUUCAUGUUUUUCAUUAAUGCUUGCACCAUUGCUGCUUCCUCGACACGAUGGAGACAGUUGGUAAAAUUUCAGGAGUAGGAGAACCUCCUCAGUCCUCACAAUGCAUAUAAAUGAAUAACACUGGUCUCUUUGGCUUACCAUACUUUGGAAGUGAAAAAUAAAAGGAAUGAUUCUAAUCUGUAAAAUGUAUGACUGCCACCUUUGUGCUUCUGAAGUUAUGAAAACUGUGAGCAACGAUGCUGGAGUAUUAUUAAUAAUUUCCCAUAAAAAUACAUGUGUAUCAUAUAUUUACAGUAACAUUCUAUUGUGAAUUAAACAGUGUUCUUUCUGCCUUGA